UGUGAUUACACUGGGUAUAUUGUUCUUGUGUGUAAUAGGCUGGUAGAGUUUGAAACUUAAAUGCUCCUUCCUGAAGUUUGUGCAAUAAUCUAUGGAGAUUUGUAGUUCUUUGUUGUUAAAUGAAAUGUUAAAACUAAUUGAAAGUACUGUAUAUUAUUACAAAUUUAUACAUUUAAUUUAGUUAGUAGUAGUAGUGUAGUAUCUUAUUCUUCAAUUUCGCUGCUAUCUACUAUAAAUUACAAAUUUUUUUGCAUUUAAUUUAGUUAGUAGUAGUAGAGUAGGUUCUUAUUCUUCAAUUUCACGUGAAGAGGAGGGGCAUGGAUGCCCCGGUCCGUAGGUGUGAGAGGCUAGCGUUGGAUGGUUUUAGACGGGGUAGAGGUAGACCGAAGAAGUACUGGGGUGAGGUGAUUAGGCGGGACAUGGAACAGUUACAGCUCACCGAGGACAUGACCCUAGAUAGGAAGGUCUGGAAGAUGCGAAUUACGGCAGAGGAUUAGGGCCAGUUCGGGUCGCUAGUGUAGGGAAUUAAUUGGUGGGGGUGUAUUCCUGUUAUGAUUCUGUAUUCAGUGUUUCGUGUUCCGUGUUCCAUGUUUAUUACGAAUCUGUGUGCUUUCCUCUGCUUUAUAUUCCUGCAUUCCUGCUUUACUCUUUUUUAUAUUCCCUAUGGGUGCCGUAUCUAUGUUAUGUCAUCUGCUGCUAUGCUGUACUAUGUGUUUGUGUGAUAUCUCGUGACUUGAGCCGGGGGUCUUUCGGAAACAGCCUUUCUACUUCAUCAGAGGUAGAGGUAUGGACUGCGUACAUCUUACCCCCCCAGACCCCACUAAGUGGGAAUACACUGGGUUUGUUGUUGUUGUCACUGCUACGUACUAUAAAUUACAAAUUUUUGCAUUUAAUUUCGUUAGUAGUAGUAAAGUAGGAUCUUAUUCUUCAAUUUCACGGCUACGUACUAUAAAUUGCAAACUUUUGCAUUUGAUUUAGUUCGUAAUCACUUAAGUGUCUUAAUCUUCAAUUUCAUUGCUAUGCUACCUGCUACUUUAUUUUCUCUGUGUAUCUUGCUAUUUUGUUAUCGUUUUUUUCCUUUCAAUCUUGCUUUGAUAACACUUCUUUUGAGCUGGGGGCCGUGUAAGAAGCAGCUUAUCUACCCUACCAAGGUAGGGUAUGUCCAUACGUCAUACCCUAUACGAACUCGACUUCUGGGAUCACAUUGGUGCUUUGCAAACAAAAGCAGAUUACCCUGGCCUAGAAAGUGCUUUGGUUGAUUGUUUAGAAAGGGUUUUCAAAACAAGAUAUGGAGCAUCACUCAUUCCACACUACAUGGCAUUUGUUACUGUCGGUUUGGGUGCAGAGUCUCAGAAAGUCAGACGUUUAGCAUGCCAAACAGUAUCUUGCCUGUUGGACAAUGUUGAUGAAGCCGUUGUCAUACAGCUAAUUCAUGAGUAUGGAGUUUAUCAACUUUUGCUUAAUUGCCUCAUUAGUGGGGAUGAGGAAGUUGCUGCAGCAUCUACAGAUGCAAUUAGGAAACUGGCGAGCCAUUCAAAAGGCAUUGAUAUCAUAUUUCCUGGAAGUGGCAAUGAAGCGACAAACCUCGUGAACUUGGCAACCAACUGUUCACCUCUGGGAAGAGUUAGAGUUUUAGCCUUGAUAGUGAAGUUAUUCUCCAUUUCCAAUUCUGUGGCGUCAAGAGUCUACAAUUCAAAUCUUCUUAGCCUGCUGGAGGCAGAAAUUAGCAAUUCAAGUGAUACAUUAGUCACUCUGAGCAGCUUGGAACUCCUAUAUGAGUUGGCUGAUGUUCAGCACAGCACUGAGUUCUUGUCAAGGACUAAGCUUCUCCAAAUUCUUACUUCUAUUAUUAGUGAUGUUUCUGCUGAAUCGAUUUUGCGAUCAAGAGCAAUGAUGAUAACUGGAAGGCUGAUGGCUAGGGAGAAUGCCUUUGUGUUCAUAGAUGAAUCUGGUUGUAGAAAUCUUGUUUCUGCCAUUGACAGAAGAUUAGAUUUGUCAGAAAGUCAAAAUGCAGAUGAAUGUGAAUGUGCUCUCGAAGCAUUGGGACAAAUUGGAUUGUCCAGCAAAGGUGCAGCAUUUAUUCUCUCAGGUGCACAACCUGCAGGAAGACAUGUGAUUUAUGCAGCUUUUGAUCGGCAACAGCAUGGUAAACAGCUGGCGUCAUUGCAUGCUUUGGCAAACAUUGUAGGAGAAACUCGCGCAGAAAAUGAUGUAUUGCUGGAUGGUGAUGCAGAGCAGAAUCUUCGGCGCCUGAUCUAUGAAACAGCUUCCAAGACUUCAAAGCUGACUCCUUCAGGUCUCCUCUUAUCAGUACUUCAACAGGAUUCAGAAAUUCGUAAGGCGGGCUAUAGAGUGAUAACUGGAUUAGUGAUGCGACCUUGGUACCUGAUGGAGGUUAUCUCCCGACGAGAAAUAGUAGAUAUAGUAACGGAUGCAUUUACAGAGACAGAAAAGAUAGGUAUGGAAGCUAGACACAAAUGUUGCCAGUCAAUCUACAAAGGUUUCACUUCAGCUAGUAAAGUGGCCACUGAUGAUGCGCUUUCGGGUAUAGCUACUAAGCUGGAAGAAGCUAUCAGAAGAGGCCCUUAUCUAGGAAGAAAGCUUUCUGAAGCACAACCUGCAGUGAUGACUGAACAGAGAUUUUAGUCUUCUCAACAAUCAUAGUUGCUAUCUACGAAGUGCUAUUUCCAGCCUUGCUUGCUUCACUAAGAUGUUAACCCCCGGUUCUAUGUAGUGGAUAACUUGCUUGCUCACUUGUAAAAUGAGCCCCUUACUAUAGGCAAUCAGCAACGAUGAUAUUUGGUGCUAACUGCUAAAGUUGGGUUUAGCUAUUCGAGUUAAGAAGAUCUCAUUGACGAGACUGCGCUACUUUAAUGUCUCAUGCUGAAUUGAUAAAUGCUUGAACUCAAGCUUGUUUAUUUGAGCCAACGUUGAGCGAAAAAAUAUCAGUUGAAUCUUGGUUUGCUUCACUAUGUAUUUUCUUUUUGGUAGGACUUUAUAUGCAAACUUGUAAAUAUUGAAGCGUGUGUGUGUAAAUAAUAAGGCUGCGUAGAAACAA